AUGUAUUUCUCCUUCAAGACAGAUCAAAGGAAAGCGGCGGAAGGAUCACGAGUCUCACGCUUGAAAAGAAGGGGGGAUGGGAAGGAGGGAGGGAGAGGGAGGGGGUGGCUCGGAGAUGCGACGGGAAACGCUGCGGCUCCGGCAGCGGCGGGAUCCGGCGGGCAGACGGCGGGGGCCCGGCGAACUGGAAGGCGGCGGAGUCGCGAGUCAGUCAGAGGCGGGCGGUGGCGGCGGCUCCUCUUCUCAUUGCGCCAGGAGCAGCUGCAGGCGGCGGCUGGAUCCAGCGGCCAUGGCGGCGGCUGUGGCGGAGGCAGCUCCCUUCAGACCCCAGGCAGCGGAUCCUCGACUGCUCCCCAUACGCCGGGGACAUGGGAACCCGGCAACCGCUUCCGUCCCCUGGGGCCCCCUCCCCCGUCCGCGGCACCAGCGCGGCCGCCCUCCCGCCCCUCGCCUCUGCUCGGUGCCCGCUCAGGAAGUCUCCGCGCUUUGCCCCCAGCCCGGAGCCCUGUCAGCGGCUGCGGGGCCGGCUCCUCCUCGCUUCCUUCCUUCCUUCCUUUGUCACUCGGCCCGGGCGGCGGCGGCGGCAGCGGCGGCGGCGGCAGCGGCGGCAGCACAAGCCUGCAUUCGCCCGGGUCGGGGGCUGCUCUGUGUGAGGAGCGCCGUCUGCGCAGCCGCCUAGCUCUUCCCCACUCACCCUCCCCCCUCCUACUCGUCCUCCGCCUCCUUCCUCCCCCACCCAACCUUACACCGCCCAGCGCCCCGCCAUCCGCGUAACAGGCGUCUGGGAAUCGCCGUCCGAGGUCCGCGCCCGCCUGCUUCGGCUACGGAGCCGAAGCCAGAGCAGAGCCAAUCACAGACGUCGAUUGUUUGCGACUCCUCCCGGAAAAAGCCGAUCGACCUGAGAAACCAAUUAGGAAGUGUCGCUAGAAAUCCACGCCCAAAAAGCGGAAAAUGCCGAAGAUAGCCGAACGAGAAGAAGGUGGGUUCUCGUUCUGUGGCUGGCUAGAGGAGAAAUUCUACAAUGGCAGCAGUGGCCAAUCACAGUGGCCGGCCCUCACGAAAAAGCUUGAAGAGUUAAGGACGGUGAAACCCGGAGUCACCGGUGAAACAGCACGGCUGGGCGCCGCGGCCGCCUUGUAAUUGGCCGACAACUCCGCUGGGAGUGUACCUCCCUCGGUGAUUGGUGAAGCGAGGGGGGCUUCCGAGGACAGUACGGCCAGUCAGAAUGUCUCCUCCCUCGCCAAGGUGGGGAGAAGAAGAAAGAAAAGGGAGGGCGUCUAUAAAGCGCCUUCUCAUUGGCUUGAAGCUUUGGAACUGGAGUGAGGCCGAAACCCGUAGCGGCAGCCAAUCAGCACUCACUGUCGUCCAAUCGCAAGACCUAGAUGCGGUGUGAUUGGCCUUUCGCCCCCGGCGGCUGUCCCAAGAGCGGAGGGAAGCUCUAGUGGGGUCGUGGCGGCCGGUGUGUGAUGGGUUUGUCUACGGCUUCUCUCAGCCGUUGUGGAAACCGCAGAUAGGGAGCGCGGGCACUCUGCGCAACCGGUCCGAAACUGCUGCGGUCAGCGGCGCUGGGCUCGGAGCGCUCAAGCGAACAGAGAGUUCAGAGGGGCUCUCCCCACCCACCAAGAGUCUCUCGGCCCGGCGUGGCUCAUAUUGCGGGUCGGAGCCUUCCCUCCGCCCGGGAUAGCGCGUCAGAAGAAUCAGCGUCUUCCCCGAAAGGGCCAGACGGGUCCAGGGCGCCUACCCGGCUGGGUGCGAACUCUCAGACGCUAACGUAGGAACAAAGCUUCUAGUGAGGCAGCGCCUCCAGGCGCUUGCACCCUGCCCAGCAGCGGUGGCCAUUGAUAAAGUGAGGCCGACUGCGCCUAGUGUGCGCAGCCAGUCCGGGCCUUCUGGAAACGCCCCUGAGAAAUGAGCUCAUGCUGGAUGCGCACGCUCCUUGGGCGCGACUGCCCAGCGCGAAGCGAGCCCCGAAAACAGGUAUGGGGAAAUGCCGUCAGGCCGGAUAUCCUGAAGCCUCCGAGGAAACAGGGAGUCAGAAUGGCCCAGAGCUUUUGGUCCUUUGGAAAUAGGGCAGUCUAUAAAAGUACUAGAUAAGUAGGUUGCACACGUAGGCCGGUGUUCAUUGUUUUACUGAGAAGCAAUUCCCUAGGCUUGCCUGAGGACUGUAAGGUAUGGCUACGCCAGGAUAGUAGAAAAAGUAGAAUGGACAGUUGCCGUCCUGACUGUAAUCCCGUGGUGCCUGUAAUUUCCACCUGCAGAGUCAUCCUUUUUAUGAAGAUACUAUCUCCAGAAAGCACAUGUAAAAAUACUCAUAGUUGAUGAGAUUACUUAGCUAUUGCUUUGAAAAACUUUGUGAGGGACUUGGAACAAAGUAAGCUCUGAUCGGAGUCAGGAAAAGCCUAUCUAGACAGGGUUUGCAAACUCAAAUAUCUACGGGGGACGGGAGGGUGCAGAAAAAUAAAGCAAAUGAAUGAAACUGGCCUGGUGUAAAACAAUGGAGAAUAAUAAAAAAUGUGGCAAAUUAGUGUCCAUGCUGUAACUGAAACGAGCAGCUGUUAAGCGCUAGCAGAUUGUUGCUCACAAGAAUGUGGGUCCAGUGUUCUGAGAUACAUGUUUUUCUUCCCCCAAGAGAAACCCUAAGGCUGGAAUUUUGUGUGAAAUGUUUCAACUUUUGAGUAUUGGCAACCAAUACUCAGAACCCAGUAGGCCAAACUAAAAACAUGCAGGAGUAGACAUGGCCAGCAUGCAGUAAUUUUGUAGUAUCAAACCUGAGCAUAGGUUUUAUAGCCAGUAGUGGCUCUUGUUCUCAAGUACUCUGGUAUCUGGAUGUCACAGUAACGGAUAAAGAAUGUUAAAAGCAAACUCAGUGCAUGGCAACUUUGUCAGGUGAAUGUUGUCUCUCCAUUAUGGCAUUAUGAAAGACUUUUGCCUCUAGUACCUGAAAUGUGAAGCAAAGCUUUAAAUCCUGACUUCCUCUUUAGUCUCUACCACUACUUCAGUUAUACCAGCAGGAAAGUGAGUAACAAAAUGUUUAGGUUAUACAAAUUGGAAACAUGGCUGUUCUAUAUACAAUAAAGUAGAAAAAUAGUCAAACUUAAGGUUAUGAUUAGCAGCUUCACUAUUACUGCCUUCAAAUAUUGAACUGUUGCUGUUUUUAAAAAAUCUGACUCAAAAUUUUAAGGGAAAAAAGUCUUUCAGUCUAGAAGUCGGGCUUAAGGGACAAGUUAAUGAGAAAAUACAGAACUGUUGAAGUUAACAUUCAGUGUUUCUCUGAACUUUCAAACUCUUGCUUUACCUUCCCACCUGUUGUCAACCACUGAUCAGCUUAUAAUAAUUAUAAUAGUUCGUAUUUACUGUGUGUUUACUGUGUGCCACGCACUGUUCUUAAGUGCUUCACACGCAUAUCUCAAAUUUAUAAUACUAUGAUGUAGGUACCUGCACUUUACAGAUGCGGAAAUGUAGGACCAGAAAGGUUUACUAAGUCCACAUAGCUAAAGUAACAGAGCCAGUAUUCAGAUCUGUUCCUAGCCUCUAUUCCAUAUUUCUCUGAAACUUGGUCCUCACCUCUCCUGGUAUAUCUUGCUUUAUCUUAAAGUCUAAGUCUUCUGUCUUGAACUGUGUGUGACUUGUGAAUGUAUCUCUAGUUUGGUUUCCUCCAGUGCUUAUCAAAUGUUCCCUUGCAGAGAUCAGUGAUUUCAUGCCACAGCAACAGUAAACCAAAGGAUUAGAAAAAAAUAAAUGUAGGAAAAAUGGGUGUACAGAACAGGUAGUAUAGUAGAAAAAAAAAAAAGAGAUUGGUGAGUGUGUCCACAAGAUAAUAAUUAGGAAUUAAAAUAGACAAUGAACUAACUUCUAUAGUAAUAAAUUUGUAUAGGAUUUGUAGUUGGGAAGUCCUAUCAUGUUUGUGAAGUUCAGGAAGUACUAGUAUGAAACUAUUAUUCUGUUUUUAAAAUGAGGAAACUGUGCAGUACAGUAAGUGACUUGCUUAAAAUCACUUGGCUGCAUUUUUUUAAAGAUUUAUUUAUUUAUUAGAGAGAGU